UUAAGAUCUUCCUGGUUUUGGUUAUCUUCCAUGUGUUUUUAAUUUCAUUUAAAGUGAAUAAAAUUCGCUGUGAAUGUUUUAAGGUGUAGAAAUGAUGCUGUUUAUUUCUCUCUUUAUUAUAUUAGGUUUAUCGUGGCAAGAUCAGUGUGUAUGUAUCUCAACCAGGUUUAAUUCCGGCACCGUUACGUUCGAAUGGACCAAACCCUCGAAUAUAACAAUUUAUGAUAUAAUGACUAUUAGGGACAGAAAACAUGAUAACUGGACUCAAGUUACUGAUAAUACGUUCGACGUGAGUGAUGCAUUAUUGUUUGAUUCCAUCAGUAUCAUUGUGACAGUACCAGGUCUAAAGUCAGAGAUUAACAACACAUUAACAUAUACAGUUUUGAAAGUAAAAGUUCAAAAUGGAAAAUCUGCAAACCUAUCCUGGGUUGCUCCAUAUUUUCCAAUUGCUAAAGGGUACACCGUAUACCAUAAAGACAAUACUACCAAAGAAAUACUUAAAAUAGAUGGUAAAGAUGGACCGGGAGAAUCGGAUAAAUAUAAGUAUCUCACAAAACCUUAUAAUUCGACAAACAUCAUGUUGGAAGUAAAAGACGUUACUCUGGGUGAUGCUGGAUAUUUCAAUGGUGGAGCAGACGAAAAAGCAGCAACGUCAGGUGGUGGGGUCGUUCUUAUUGUGUACGACAAACCAAAAAAGCCGGAAAUUAGAGGGGAUCUAAGCGUACUAAUAAACACGUCAUCAGAACUGACGUGUUCCAGUCAAUCAACCUCAGCCCCUGACUACUACUCCAAGCUCGCAACCUUGUCCUACACCUGGUUUGUCAACGAUACAAAGAUGGGUGAAGAAACUAAUCAAACUCUGAGAUUAAAGGUCACCAGAGGUCACAAGUACAACAAUUACUCCUGUAAAGCGACGGAAUAUGAACUGGAGUCUGACUGGAGUGAUACAGUCCAGAUCGAGUCUCUGUAUGGACCAGAUAAAAUAACAAUCACUCCACAUCCAAAUACUAGUAUGCAGGAUAACGGAAUGGUCACUAUAAGAGAAGGCGAAACAUUCGGUCCAUACCAAUGUCUCGUCGAUUGCCACCCGCCCUGUAAUGUAACCUGGACAUACAUGAACUCUACUGGUCAUCUUGAAGUCAUUUCUAAAAACGGCAAUUUGUCACUACCGCAGAUAAACAAAGACAUUAAAUUGUUCAAGUGUGUAGCAACAUGGGGAACUGAAACAAAGAAAGAGAAGAACAUAACACUGAAUGUCCAAUAUUUGGGAGAACCAUUGAUCUUAGUAAACAACAGUCAUAGUUCCGACACUAAUAUGGAUUUACAAGAAAACAUACCUUUUAAUGUUUCAUGCCUCGUGGACGGAAACCCAAUUCCUAACGUGCGUCUGACAAAGGGGUCUGAGAAUAUCUCAACAAACAGCAAAAAUACAAAGUGGGCGAACCACACAUUUGUUUCAGCAGGAUGCGCAGAUGCAGGAAACUACACGUGUGUAGGAGGUUCUGAAGGAUUCGGCGUUAGUGAAAAGACAUUCAGAAUAAACAUACUAUGUAACGUACGAAUCGAUGAUUCGAUUCCUUUUCACAAAAAAUAUGGUUCCCCGAGCGGAAUAAAUGUAAGAGUAGCAUCGGUUAUCCCAGUUAUUGCCAACCCCAUUCCCCAAUAUCCUGCUAUCAAGUGGGUUGGUCCAGGAACAGAACAAAUCCAUUUCAAUGUGUCCGGACGAGGAGUUCCUUACAGGCACUGGAUCAACACUUCUUUUCCAGUAUACAACCACAGUUAUUUCGGAAACUAUACCAUGAUCUACGGAGAUGAAACAAUUCUUACCAUUACAAUAAGUGAACGAGGUUUAUUCUUUGUUAACAAAUAUAAUUGCAUUUCAAUAUGUUCAUUUUACAAUAAUUAUAAGCUAUCAGUCCCUCUGUAAUUUUUUUCAUAUUCUUCCAUUAGCAAGUAUUGUAUUACAAUUUUCAGAAUACAAUAAUAUUCUAUUGACAUAAUGCAAUUACAUUUUAUUUGUAAAAUGUUGACUUCUCUGCGUGGUUUCUUUUUGUCUAUCAGACAGACCUCAAACACCACAAAACUUUACCUGGCAUUCCUACGCGGGUGGUCACAUAAACUUGACGUGGGUGUCGGGAUUCAAUGGAGGCCCUGAACAGUAUUUUGUUGUAUCCCUCGAAAAAGACAAAUGGGAAACAGUGGCUAACGUUUCUGAUCCUGGUGAAGGCAGUGUCGUGUAUUUCAACCCCGGAUCUUUGGCCCCGGGUCAAAAAUAUCGAUACCGCUUGGAGAGCUGUAACUCAAUCAAUUGUUCCAUAGUAUCUCCUGAAAUUACAAUAAAUG